AGCGUCGACCCGUACAUGCGUACUCGUAUGGUUCACGGCGGGUGGAAGCUGGGUGAACCACCUAUAGCGAGCGGGGUUGCCGAAGUCGUCCGGUCUGAACAUCCUGUCUUCCCGGAACAGGCAAAGCUUUUUGGGUUAUUUCAUUUCCAGAAAUACGAGUACUUUGACUCUUCCUAUUCCCAUUGGGGGGACUUUAGGAUCUUGCACAACGAACAAGGUAUCCCCUGGACCGCAUAUCUCAGCGCAGCGGGGCUCAACGGGAAAACAGCUUUCUACGGUCUCAAAGCCCUCGCACACCCCCAACCCCGAGAGAAGAUAUUCGUCACCACCGGCGCGGGGAGCGUAGGGCUCGUCGUCUGCCAACCAUGUACAUCCUGGGGCCUGUCCGUGCUAGCGAGCACGGACACGGACGAGAAAGCCGAGUAUCUCCGCUCGCUCGGGAUUAGCGCUUUCAAUUACCGCACGGCGUCUACUUCCCAUGAACUGGAGAAGUUUGGAGGAGUGGACAUCUACUGAGAUAACGUGGGCGGGGAGAUGCUGGACUUGGCACUGCAGGCCAUGAAUCGUGGGGGAAGGGUGGUGAUAUGCGGGAUUGCAAGUGGGUACAACGUACCGGAACAAGAUCGUUAUCGACACAAAGCACGCCUUUCCCCUCUUCCCUCUUCCAUCUCUUCCCCCUCCCUCGCUCUCCCCUCCUUUCCCCUUCUCUCAUCUCUGGGUGGCAGAGCCCCAGCUAACAAAAAAAAACAGAACAUCCACCUGAUCCUAACCAACCAACUCCAACUGCUCGGUCUCUCCAUGUCCGCGCACGAAACCCAAUACAGCGCCGAGUUCUCAGCUACAGUACCGGGGCAGAUCAGGGACGGGAAGAUCCGCUACUUGGAGGAGGAGGUACAGGGCUUGGAAGGAGUGGGGGAGCUGUUGGAGAGGGUGCUGAGGG